ACGGAUUAACAAAGCCGCAAGAAAACAAAAUCCAACACAGCCCAGGGGUCAAGCCAAAGCCCCCUUUCCUUUCGCUCGCUUCUGCCGUCGCCUUCAUCCUCCCCUGAUCCCCACCCUCUCUCCCCGUGAUCCGAUCAUCAUCCUCCGCCGCCGCCGCUCCGUCGCGUGCUCUGCUCUCCCUCCUCCGACCGACCGGACCGAGGGAAGGGAGGCUAGGGCAAGAGAGAUGAGGGAAGCGGCGGCCGGCGGCAUGCCCGGGGGAGAGGAGGACGACGUGCGCAAGGUGUCUCGCCAGGACAUACAGCUCGUCCAAAACCUCAUCGAGCGUUGUCUUCAGCUUUAUAUGAACCAGAAAGAAGUCAUUGAAACUCUUUCUUUCCAGGCAAAAAUAGAACCCAGCUUUACUGAGCUUGUCUGGCAGAAACUUGAAGAAGAGAACCGUGAGUUUUUUAAGGCAUAUUAUGUUAGGUUGAUGCUAAAGAAUCAAAUUAUGGUGUUCAACAAGCUCCUUGAGGAUCAGUAUCGUCUUAUGAGUAAGGAGCUUCCUUCUGGUGUGCCUUCUAUGACCCUAACUGCUCCCAAUGGCUCUAAUCCAAGCACAUUGAACCAAAAUGCGUGUUUUUUACCAGAGACAACUCCUAGCACUGCAAUGCCAAAUGGCUUCCUACAUAAUGGAAAUUCUAGUGGUAUAAUAAAUGGCGCUCCAGCAACUGACCAAUUUAUCUAUGAUAGUAAAGUUGUCCAUGGUCUUCCUAGUGGCAUGGAUGCUUCAGCUAGUCUACUAGCAGCACAUAAUUCAACUGUUGGGCAGUUUAAUGGAGACAAUGGAAUAACUGUAAAGGCAGAGUCUAGCUUCUCAAACAAUCCAGAAUAUGCAUUCUGCAACGAAAGCAAUUUCCUAGAGCCUUGCCAGUCGAUUGGGGAUGCCUCCGGUGGGUCCUUCAGCAGCUCUGAGCUGAAUGGGCAACCACUUAGUGAUCCAAUUUUGGACAUGGAUGCAUCAUCAUAUGGUUUCUUGAGCCAGAUACCUCGCAAUUUCAGUUUUUCAGAUUUAACGGAGGAUUUCAGUCAUAGUACAGAAAUAUUAGAGAAUUACGGCAGGUCACCUUUCAUCCCUUCUGAGACAAAUAACUUCUCAGAGUCUACUGCUGGAGAACAUACAGAAAUAGGAAAUAGACGGCUAGAUUCCAUAUCUGAGGGUGUUAGUUAUGAAGAUUUUGGAAGUGAUUAAUCAGCCUUUGAUGCUACCGCCUGAGUUUGAGCAAUGGCGCACCAUUUGUACAGAGUCCUUGGGGCACGCAAAUUUCUAUAAUCAUGGGCAAUGAACUCGCUAAUUUGCGGAAACUGUUCCAUGUGGGGCUUAGGCCCUGUGCUGUAAUAGAAUCAAUUUGGGUGACAAUUGAAGGAUGCAAGAAAUUCAUGUUCCUGUAUUCUUGCUGAUGGUAUUUUAGAAGUGAUCAGUAUACUUCAGAUAGCAUUAGGUCGGUCUGGUUGGAACUCUGUAUGAUGGUUAAGUCGUCCUCAUCUGUCAGAAUCUUGUACAAAGAUUAUUCUUAAACUAUUCCUGCUGCACUUAUUAUGGUGCGUGUCCAUGUCAUGUCCUCUGUUUCCGUUCAAACUUUAGAGUAGUGUACUCUUUAAAGUU